UCUCUCUCUCUCCCUCCCGUGGUAGCAGGAGCAGCGCGGGCGGCGGGGCUGGAGCGUGGCUGAGGCGGCCAUUCCUACAGAGCGAGAGAGAGCGCAGCGUGUCCCCCCCGGGCUCAGUCGCGCACAGGAGAUGCCCUCGGCUACCAACAGCACCAUGGCGAGCAGCACCACCGGCAGCAGCACCGGCAAAGCGGGACCGGGCAGCGAGGCUGCCCCGGCGGCGGCGGCCCCGCAGGCGGCGGCGGGUGUGAACAUCACCACGGUGCAGACCGAGGCCAUGAAGCAGAUCCUGGGGGUGAUCGACAAGAAGCUGCGCAACCUGGAGAAGAAGAAGAGCAAACUUGAUGAUUACCAGGAACGAAUGAACAAGGGAGAACGUCUGAAUCAAGAUCAACUGGAUGCAGUGUCAAAAUACCAGGAAGUGACAAAUAAUCUGGAAUUUGCUAAGGAACUGCAGAGGAGUUUUAUGGCUCUGAGUCAAGAUAUCCAGAAAACAAUAAAGAAGACAGCUCGUAGGGAGCAGCUGAUGCGAGAGGAGGCUGAGCAGAAGCGUUUAAAGACUGUGCUGGAGCUGCAGUUUAUUCUGGAGAAGCUGGGGGAUGAUGAAGUGCGCAGUGACCUCAAACAAGGAUCCAACGGGGUGCCAGUGCUGACAGAGGAGGAACUGACAAUGCUGGAUGAGUUUUAUAAGCUGGUUUACCCUGAACGAGACAUGAACAUGAGGUUGAAUGAGCAGUAUGAGCAAGCAUCUGUUCACCUGUGGGACUUACUGGAAGGGAAGGAAAAACCAGUUUGUGGAACAACCUAUAAAGCACUGAAGGAGGUUGUUGAACGGAUUCUUCAGACCAGUUACUUUGACAGCACCCACAACCAUCAGAAUGGGCUGUGUGAGGAAGAGGAGGCAACACCUGCACCUGCAGUAGAAGACACUGCAGCAGAGGCUGAACCUGAUCCAGCAGAAGAAUUUACUGAACCAACUGAAGUUGAAUCAACUGAGUAUGUAAACAGACAAUUCAUGGCAGAGACUCAGUUCAGCAGUAGUGAGAAGGAACAGGUAGAUGAGUGGACAGUUGAAACGGUUGAGGUUGUAAAUUCCCUGCAGCAACAGACACAGGCGACAUCUCCUCCUGUCCCGGAACCUCACACGCUCACUGCUGUGGCUCAGGCAGACCCCCUGGUGAGGAGACAGCGAGUACAGGACCUCAUGGCACAGAUGCAGGGUCCCUACAACUUCAUGCAGGACUCGAUGCUGGAAUUUGAGAACCAAACACUUGAUCCUGCCAUUGUAUCUGCACAGCCCAUGAACCCAGCACAGAGUUUGGACAUGCCCCAAAUGGUUUGCCCUCCAGUUCAUGCUGAGUCAAGACUUGCCCAGCCUACCCAAGUUCCUGUGCAACCAGAAGCUACACAGGUUCCUUUGGUUUCUUCUACAAGUGAGGGAUAUACAGCUUCCCAACCCAUGUAUCAGCCUUCUCACACAGCAGAGCAACGGCCACAGAAAGAAUCAAUUGACCAGAUUCAGGCUUCCAUGUCCCUGAAUGCAGACCAGACCCCAUCCUCAUCAUCACUUCCCACUGCAUCCCAGCCACAGGUGUUCCAGGCUGGGUCCAGCAAGCCUUUGCAUAGCAGCGGAAUCAACGUCAAUGCAGCUCCAUUCCAGUCCAUGCAAACAGUAUUCAACAUGAAUGCACCUGUUCCUCCUGUGAAUGAGCCAGAAACCCUUAAGCAGCAAAACCAGUACCAGGCCAGUUACAACCAGAGUUUCUCCAAUCAACCUCACCAAGUAGAACAAUCAGAUCUCCAGCAAGAACAACUCCAGACAGUGGUUGGUACCUACCACGGUUCCCCGGACCAGAGUCACCAAGUGGCAGGAAACCACCAGCAGGCUCCCCAGCAGAGCACUGGGUUCCCCAGGAACAGCCAGCCUUACUACAACAGCCGAGGGGUGUCCCGGGGGGGAUCCCGCGGGGCCCGGGGCCUCAUGAACGGUUACAGGGGCCCAGCAAACGGAUUCAGAGGGGGAUACGAUGGCUACCGUCCUUCCUUUUCCAACACUCCAAACAGUGGCUACACACAGCCCCAGUUCAAUGCUCCUCGGGAUUACUCAAACUACCAGAGGGAUGGCUAUCAACAAAAUUUCAAACGUGGAUCUGGACAAAGUGGACCUCGGGGAGCUCCUAGAGGUCGUGGAGGGCCCCCCAGACCAAACAGAGGGAUGCCUCAGAUGAACGCUCAGCAAGUGAAUUAAACACGUUCACAGGAUUCCGUUCAACGCCAAAAACACGCUGGCCAGUGUACAAUACAUGUUACCAGAAGAGUUAUUAUCUAUUUGUUCUCCCUUACAGGAAGUUUGUUGUAAAGGGACUAUUUUCAUUACCCAUAAUGACAGGACUACAGUUGCCAGCUUUAUAUUCCCUGGAUAUUGAAAGGAACGAAACAACGUUUACUCUGCAUGUUCUGUCCUAAGCAUCAUCUUGAGCCUUGCACAUGAGAUUCAGAUUCCUCACCCUUGCUAAGAAUAAAGCAAAAAACGGCAAUUUUCAGGGUGAUCCAAUCUCCAUGGUUAACUGAAGUGGCAGGAAAAAGCAAAGACUCACUUCUGACAUUUAAAAGUGAUUUAACAAAAUUCAGAUAAAAUCUGCAAAUCCAUAAAGAUUUACUGUGAUGGCAAUUGACAAAACUUAAAUGUUCCCAUGAAAGGAUGAUGGAAAAGGUGAAGUGUGGCUUGGUAGAACAACUGCAUUUCAGCCUUUUCUUAUUAAAUCGAAGCACUGAACAGUUCAAGAUGUGUAGUGAUGCAUUUGCCCUAAAUAGACAGGUGGGCUUAGAGGCAGUUUGUGACAAAGAAGAGACACCCUUAGCUGCAGCACUCCUCGUCACCCGGGCCCUGAUUCCUGUGGCUAAGGAUUUAAGAGCGCUUGCAUAACUGCUAAUGUAACUGUGUAAUUAUUUUUUUUUUAGGAGACAAGGUGAAAAACAAAAAAAAAAGCUUUGAUUUGGCACUUGGACAAAAUUUUGCAACAAAUCCUGAGCUAUAAUCUGGAUGGCCACUGUAUAUUUGAUGUGAAGUAUUUAGAUAUCUCUUUGAAACACUUUUAAGUUUCUUUGAUAGCAAUGACUUUUGUAAGGAUUGGUAUUCUCUAUCAUUCCUUAUGACUUGCACAUUGUCUGUCACUAAUACUUGACCUUGCUGUAUUAUCACCUAAAUAACUGAUACCGGUACUGAUGGAAAUCCCUAAUGGAUAAUCAUAACACUUUUGGUCACAUGUCCUUUUGUCUUUCCUGCAGCCUUGAAGGUUUUAAGAAAUCUCAAAUGCCCGCUGCUGCUGCCCUUCCAAUUGCUAUCUUUUGAAAAGCACCAGUCUGUGUUUGAGUUGAUUUCCCCUUUUCAGGGAAAUGACAGCCAGCAGUUACAAUUCUAAUGGUAUAAGCAAGAUAAAUAAAACAUGUUUAUAAAAAUUGCAUCCUGGAACACUGGUUUUCAACGGCUGAAACAGAUGUGAUGGGGUGACAUUUCAUAAGGUUCUUUUUUUCGUUCUCUGUUUUUUUCCCAAUAGUCUCUUUUUCCUGACUAGAUGUAAACCCUCCUCGUUUUUUUUCUGGUUUUAUUCUACUAGCUGUGACUUCUGGGAAACUUUUCUUUUUGAUGGACUUUUCCUUUUUUUUUUUUUCAUCAAGGCAGCGAUGUAUAAAAGAAAUGGCAUAAGCCUAGGAGCUGGAAAAUACCAAGUCUUAUUCAAGUUUUACUGCAUCCUUGUGGUAUAAUCUUUGGAAAAAUCACUUGUGCCUGCCUUUUGCGCACAUGCACUCUCUCUGCAGUGGGGAGAAUAUUUUGAUAGCUGCCUCCAUAGAGGUGUUGGUAGUUCUGUUGCAUUCUAUAGCACGUGCAAGAAGAAAAGUGCUAUAUUCUAUGUUAAGUAUUGCUCAUCAAAUAAUUCCUACCUGUGGAAAGAUGAAAUUAAGGAACAGCUGUGUGGUGUUUAACUGUUCUGUACGAAACUGAAGGUUGUUUUCACUCAGAGGGUCAUUUCUACUUUGUAUCACAACUGAACUUUCAGAACUUGCAGUCAGAUACUUUUGACUUCUUGUGAAACAGUCUGGAACUCCAUACCAAUAGGUGGGAUAUCACUUUUCCAUGUCCUGUGUGAAGAGCACAAAUGAAAAACGUUUUCACUGCGGGAAGUGAUAAGCUUGUGAAGACCAUAUUCCACACCAGGCAUCCUGAAACGGGGCUGAUGUCUGGAAGCAGCAGUUUGAGUCAAGGCCUAGAACAUUCCUAAACUGCAGUCCGGUGAGAAGUUGCUGUUCUGUGUCUUUUUUAGGAAGCUAUUACUGAGAUAAUAGUCCCAACUGUUUUUUAACUGGAAAAAAAAAUAAAAAGACAAACCUUUUAAUGUUGAACUGAUGUAGGAAAACAGUGAAUUCUUUUAAUUAUGUUACUUUUCUUCAUCAGCUUUUAAAAUGGUUGGUAGAACACAAGCUGCUCAGCUUUUCCACUGCACACCAAAUGCUCCUUAAGGAACUAAUUGUAGUUUGUCAGUAAAUGUGCACCAUACUCAUUUCGAGAUCUCUGAACAGAUCAAAACAUUCCACUUUGAGUUUGGGGGGUUGGUUUGGAGUUUUUUUCCAACUUGAAUUUACUAAUAAAACACUGGGCCUCUUCACUGA